UGUAAACACAGCUAAACACGUGACCGGAAGUCAGAGACGAUCCGAAAGAGAAAGCUUUGCCACUGUACCUUUAGAUACAACUUAUUUGACAUUAUAGCGAGUAUAUUAAAUCUCCACCGGAAGCGACAGGAUGAGUCAGGAAUGCAUCGCAAAGUUACAAACUGCAACAAGAGAAAAACUGCGAAGAUUUAACUCUCUGCGCGCUCGAGAGGUGCAGCCCGGUGAGUUCUGGGACGUGGUGGUCGUGACGGCUGUGGAUGAGCAGCAGAGAGACGCGUAUGAGCUGCAGAUCAGACAGAAGCUCCACAGAAGAGAGCUUCCUCUCGGAGUUCACUACAAGGUCUUCUCUGAUCCGCCUGGCUCUAAAAUAGGGAAUGGAGGCUCCACUCUGUAUGCACUGCAGCAGCUGAAAGACAUCUUUGGGAAGGCUCUGUGCAGACUGAGGGUCAUCCUCGUCCAUGCAGGAGGGUUUAGUCAGCGGCUGCCCAGUGCCAGCGCCCUGGGGAAGAUCUUCACCGCCGUGCCGCUGGGUGACCCUCUCUACCAGAUGCUGGAGCUCAAACUGGCCUUGUAUGUGGAUUUCCCAUCCCAGAUGAAGCCUGGCGUACUGGUGACCUGCGCAGACGACAUCGAGCUCUACAGCACUGCGGAGGAUGAGAGUGUGAGGUUUGACAAAGCUGGCUUCACAGCUUUAGCCCACCCCUCCCCGCUGUCCGUCGGGACUACCCACGGUGUGUUUGUGUUGGAUUCAAAUGAAAAGUCUGCUCACUCUGAAAUGGAAAACAUUUCCUGCCUGCGCUUUCUGCACAAGCCGAGCGUCGAUGAGAUGCGAGACGCCGCGGCUGUUUGUAAAAGGCGGAGUGGUUGUUUUGCUCUUUCUGACGCUGAGUUUGUUUACACAGACAGCACUUAUUAUGUCGACUUUGAUACUGCGAAGUCUCUUCUUAGUCUGCUGAAGGAGUUGGAGCCUUUGGACUGUGAGGUAGACGCAUACGGAGACUUUCUCCAAGCGCUGGGCCCCAAAGCCACGAUCGAUUACACCAGCAACACUGCGAAUGUCACCAAAGAGGAGAGCGGUCUGGUGGAAAUCCGCCAAAAGAUCUUCCACCUUCUAAAAGGGACUCCCUUGAAUGUCAUUCUCCUGAACAACUCCAAGUUUUAUCACAUUGGCACCACUUCAGAGUACCUCUUUCACCUCACCGAGGAUGUGGCGCUGAGGAGUGAGCUGGGUCUCCUGUCAUCUGCCUUCAGCCUGCAUAUGAAUGAACCCUCCUCUACGGGAUGCUGCGUUAUGCACAGCGUCCUCGAUCCCAGUUGCUCUGUGGGAGCUGGGUCAGUGGUGGAGUACUGCAGACUGGGAGCCAGAGCUUCUGUGGGAGGGCGCUCCAUCGUCAGCAGCUGCUGGGUCAGUGCGGGCCUCUCGGUGCCUGAUGGCGUCUUCAUGCAUUCUCUGUGUGUGAAUGACGAGCACCAAACCAGGUUUGUAACCGUCGUCUUUGGGAUUAAUGACGACUUGAAGCGCAGCGUGGAAGCCCCGGCAUAUAUGGAGGAGCUGAAGCUGUUUGGUUACAGCCUGGCAGCAUGUGUGUCUCACUGGGGGCUGAAAAAAGAAGUCCUGCAGUUCUCCGGGGAUGCAUCCAGCUGUAGUUUGUGGAACGCCCGUUUGUUUCCUGUUUGCUCUGAUCAACAAAGCUCCUUCUCACGGUCUCUGGAGAUGCUGCAGGCCGCGCUGAGAGGCUCUACAUUCAGCUUACCUAAAGACACAGAGCUGAUGUCUGUGCGAGAGGCCUUACAGUGUAAGAACCUGCAGCAGAUGUUGAAGUUCAGGCAGACACUGUAUGAAGACAUCACACAGAGAACACACAACAAGUGAAGUUUUUAAUGAUGUUAAAGUGCGAGAUAAUAUUGAUUGUGUCAUGUUUUGAAUGAUCAUUCAACGAUCAAAUGAUUUUGUAAGCAGUGUGAGGAUCUGAUGUGGAUUUUGUCAUCUCAUUUAUUGUGGUUUACGUUUUUUUUCUAUUUGAAAAUAUAACUUUCUUCCAGCCCUCUCACAACAGUGAGAGACAAAAGGCGCUUUCAACUUCAUUCUUCUUAAUGGGCCUGUUUCACCAUCAUGUGUAACCAAUAACAUUAUUAUUUCCCACAUUGAAUGGACUCGUUGUUUUUGUUAUUACUGUAGUUCAACCUGCUUUUCCUGCUAAGACAAGUCAACAUGUCAAAUGAGAAGCAUAAAAACGUAAAUAUACAUCCAUAAUAUACAUAUAAAAAUAAUAUAUUAUGUACGGCACACACACACACGGCUGCAACUUGCUUUUGGAGGGAGAUCAGUUGUCGUAGUUGUUAAGCAUUCCACUCCAAGGUGUUUAUUUUUAGCCCACAGCAAUGAUCCCCCCCUCUUUAUCUGGACCUGUGCAAUUGUGGCACAGUGAUAGAUCAUAUUCCUGCUUUACCAAACAAUACAGCACAUAUCACAAGAGACGAGAGACCUUAUCAAUGGGAAAUUACAAAUCAAGACCAUCUCAGACGUGCACAGGUAACGCCUCAGUGUGUUUGUCAUUGUGUGGGAAUUGUUAUUAAUUUCAGAUGUAUCGAAGGUUUGAACUGAAGGAGGGCCGGCCGCUGCCGUCGGCUGCCGUCUCCAGCCUUUACAACUGUCAGUGACAAAUAUUAAAAUAUGUGUAGAUCUCAAAUACAGUUUAUUUAGGAG